UCCUCAUCCUCCCUCCUUCUUCACAUUCUCUCCAAUGGCUCCUCAUCCCCUUGCAAUCCUCUCCGAGGAGGAGACCAACCUGGCCCGCGAUGUUGUUCUCGCGGAGCACCCCAAUACUGUCGUCGAUUUCCGUGAGAUCUACCUGUCGGAGCCGCCCAAGGCCCAGCUACUCGAGUUCCUCGCCCUGGAGCACUCCGGUCGUCUGAGUCCGACGUCUCCUCGUCCGCCCCGUCUGGCUUUGUGCCAGUACGAUGUCAUCGGCAGCGAUCGCAUCCCGUCGUUCGAGGAGUCGAUUGUCGAUGUGGGAACCCGCCGGCGUGUUCAGCACCGCGUGGUUGGCAAAGAGCACCACGCCUCUUUGACUCUGAGCGAGUUUGAUACCCUCGUCGAGCGUUGCUUUGCCUCCCCUCUCUUCCAACAAGCCCUAGCCGACUUCGACCUACCCGAAGGCUUCGAGGUGGUCAUCGAGCCUUGGCCAUAUGGUGGAUUGGACUACGUCGAUGAGAAGCGCCGAUACUUCCAGGGUCUGUGCUUUGCCACGGACAAGCGCAAGAACAACCCCGACGCCAACUUCUACUCCUACCCGCUGCCUAUCAUCCCGGUGAUGGAUGCGCUCACCCAGGAGAUCAUCCGGGUUGACCGACCGGCAACAGGCGGUAAGGGCGAUGGCCUGACCGAGCAGACCUUCAAGCGGGACAUCAUCGGCCACUGCAAGGACUCGGACUAUGUGCCCGAGCUGCUUCCCGGUGGCACUCGCAAGGACCUCAAGCCGUUGAACGUGGUGCAGCCAGAGGGCCCAUCUUUCCGUAUCACCAAUGAGUCGCUUGUUGAGUGGCAGAAAUGGCGCUUCCGCGUUGCCUUCAACCCCCGAGAAGGUGCUACGAUCCACGACGUGUGGUAUGACGGUCGGAGCGUGAUGCACCGGUUGAGCAUCAGUGAGAUGACUGUGCCUUACGCCGACCCCAGACCCCCGUUCCAUCGCAAGCAGGCUUUCGAUUUCGGCGACGGCGGUGGUGGUAACAUGGCCAACAACCUCUCGAUCGGAUGCGACUGCCUCGGUGUCAUCAAGUACUUUGACGCCGUGAUGACCGGCCCCGAUGGUUCGGCCAAGAAGAUGCCCAACGCCAUCUGCCUGCACGAGCAGGACAACGGCAUUGGCUGGAAGCACUCCAACUGGCGCACCGGUCGCGCGGUGGUGACCCGUCACCGUGAGCUGGUUGUGCAGUUCAUCAUCACCCUGGCCAACUACGAAUACAUCUUUGCCUACAAGUUCGACCAAGCGGGCGGCAUCACCGUUGAGUCGCGUGCCACCGGUAUCCUGAAUGUGGUGAACAUCGACCCCGGCAAGGUCAGCGAAUACGGCAACGUGGUCAGUGGGGGAGUUCUGGCCCAGAACCACCAGCACAUCUUCUGUGUGCGCAUUGACCCGGCCAUUGAUGGGCCCAGCAACUCGGUGCAGAUUGAAGAGUCGCAUCCGGUGCCCAUGAACGCCAUGACCAACCCCAACGGCAACUUCUACAAGGUCACUACGGAAACGGUGGAGCGCGCAGGUUGGUUCGAUGCUGCCCCGGAGCUCAACCGGACCGUCAAGAUGGUCAACCCUCACAAGACGAACCCGAUCAGUCAGAAACCGGUUGGAUACAAGUUCAUCCCUCUGGCGACGCAGCGCCUCCUGGCCGACCCGAACUCGAUCCAAGCGAGACGGGCGCAGUUUGCUCAGCACCACGUGUGGGUGACGAAGUACCGCGACGGGGAACUGUACGCGGGAGGCCGCUACACCCUCCAGAGUCAGGAGGAAAUCGAGGGAGUGUCGGAUGCCGUGAAGCGCGGCGACUCGGUGGCCGACACGGAUGUCGUGGUUUGGAGCACGUUUGGCAUUACUCACAACCCCCGGGUGGAGGAUUGGCCUGUGAUGCCCGUGGAAAUCUUCCAGCUGAUGAUCCGACCGGCGGAUUUCUUCACGGCCAACCCGUCGUUGGAUGUGCCGUCGGACAAGAAUGUUUCGUCGCGGGUUGUCGGUAACGAUUGCUGCCGACCCGCGCAUAUCUAGGGGAUGAGUUUUGGACACGAGUUACGAAUCACUGUACAUAUAGUUUGCUACUACCAGGUGGGACCGGUUCUUAGUUGGAAUCCAUUAGUGCCAUUGGCGAUGGCUGUGCCCCACAAAUCAACUUCUCUAC